CGAGCGGGGCCGGGGGCCAGGCCAGCACAGGCGGCGGCGGCGGCGCUGCUGCGGGGAGGCGGGCGCCCUCGGGCCAUGGCUUUCGCCAACUUCCGCCGCAUCCUGCGCCUGUCCACCUUCGAGAAGCGCAAGUCGCGCGAAUACGAGCACGUCCGCCGCGACGUGGACCCCAACGAUGUGUGGGACAUCGUGGGCGAGCUGGGCGACGGCGCCUUCGGCAAGGUCUACAAGGCCAGGAACAAGGAGACGGGGGCGCUGGCGGCCGCCAAGGUCAUCGAGACCAAGAGUGAGGAGGAGCUGGAGGACUACAUGGUGGAGAUCGACAUCCUGGCCACCUGCCAGCACCCCUACAUCGUCCAGCUGCUGGGCGCCUACUACUACGACUGGAAGCUGUGGAUCAUGAUUGAGUUCUGCCCCGGGGGAGCUGUGGACGCCAUCAUGCUGGAGCUGGACCGAGGCCUGACGGAGCCACAGAUCCAGGUGGUGUGUCGCCAGAUGUUGGAGGCCCUGCACUUCCUGCACAGCAAACGUGUCAUACAUCGCGACCUCAAGGCCGGCAACGUGCUCAUGACCCUGGAGGGCGACAUCCGGCUGGCUGACUUCGGAGUGUCAGCCAAGAAUCUGAAAACCCUGCAGAAGCGAGAUUCCUUCAUUGGGACACCUUACUGGAUGGCCCCCGAGGUGGUGAUGUGCGAGACCAUGAAGGACACGCCCUACGACUACAAGGCGGACAUCUGGUCGCUGGGCGUGACGCUCAUCGAGCUGGCCCAGGUGGAGCCCCCCAACCACGAGCUGAACCCCAUGCGGGUGCUGCUGCGCAUCGCCAAGGCCGAGCCCCCCACGCUGGCCGCGCCCGCCAAGUGGUCCAUGGAGUUCCGUGACUUCCUGAAGAAAGCGCUGGACAAGAACCCCGAGUCACGGCCCAGCGCUGCACAGCUGCUGGAGCAUCCCUUUGUGAGCUGUGUCACCAGCAACAAGGCUUUGCGGGAGCUGGUGGCCGAGGCCAAGGCCGAGGUGAUGGAGGAGAUCGAGGACGGCCGGGAGGAGGCGGAGGAGGACGACACCCUGGACGGAGCCCCGCCUCUGGGGACUUGCAGCUCUGUGGAGCUGAGCCUUAAAGACACGCCGCCUGCCCCCGAGCCCGGUGCACCUCAGGACAGCGGAGGAGCGCCCAGCCUGACCCCCAAGGACGCUGCCCCGCAGCCUCCCAGCCCCACACCGGCCCCCGGCAGAGAGAACGGCCUGGCGGUGCCCGGCUUCCCCCGCAGGCCCCGGCCGGUGUCCAUGGGAGCCAGUGUCCAGGUCCCGGAGGAGAAGCCGGCGGCUGGCCAGACCUCGGAACACAGCCCAGCCCCUGGCAGGGCCCUGAAGGCCGGUCAGAGCCGCCCCAACAGCAGCGCCCUGGAGACCCUGGGCAGUGAGAAGCUGGCCAACGGCGGCCUGGAGCUCCCCGCCCACCCCCUUCCGGAACCUUCCAAGAGCAACUCGGACUGCAGCAGCCUCUCCACGUCCGAGACCAUGGACUAUGGCACCUCGCUGUCCGCCGACCUGUCCCUGAACAAGGAGACCGGCUCCCUGUCCCUCAAGGACUCUCGGCUGCACAAGAAGACCCUCAAGAGGACACGCAAGUUCGUGGUGGACGGCGUGGAGGUGAGCAUCACCACCUCCAAGAUCAUCAGCGAGGACGAGAAGAAGGACGAGGAGAUGAGAUUCCUCAGGCGCCAGGAGCUGCGGGAGCUGCGGCUGCUGCAGAAGGAGGAGCACCGCAACCAGAUGCAGCUGGGCAGCAAGCAUGAGCUGCAGCUGGAGCAGAUGCACAGACGCUUCGAGCAGGAGAUCAAUGCCAAGAAGAAGCUCUUCGACACGGAGCUGGAGAACCUGGAGCGGCAGCAGAAGCAGCAGGUGGAGAAGAUGGAGCAGGACCACGCGGUGCGGCGCCGCGAGGAGGCCAAGCGCAUCCGCCUGGAGCAGGAGCGCGAGUACACGCGCUUCCAGGAGCAGCUCAGGCAGAUGAAGAAGGAGGCGAAGAGCGAGGUGGAGAAGCUGCCCCGGCAGCAGAGGAAGGAGAACCUGAAGCAGAAAAUGGAGGAGCACACGCAGAAGAAGCAGCUUCUCGACCGGGACUUCCUGGCCAAGCAGAAGAAGGACCUGGAGGAGACCAUGAAGAGGAUCACGGCCGACAACAGGCGCGAGAUCUGCGACAAGGAACGCGAGUGCCUCGCCUGGAAGCAGGAACUCCUGCGAGACCGGGAGGCGGCACUGUGGGAGAUGGAGGAACGCCACCUGCAGGAGAGGCACCAGCUGGUGAAGCAGCAGCUCAAGGAUCAGUACUUCCUGCAGCGCCACGAGCUGGUGCGCAAGCACGAGAAGGAGCGUGAGCAGAUGCAGCGCUACAACCAGCGCAUGCUGGAGCGGCUGCGGGCGCGGCAGCAGCAGGAGAAGGCGCGGCUGCCCAAGAUCCAGCGCAGCGAGGGCAAGACGCGAAUGGCCAUGUACAAGAAGAGCCUGCACAUCACCGGCGCCAACGCCGCCGAGCAGCGCGACAAGGUCAAGCAGUUCUCCCAGCAGGAGGAGAAGAGGCAGAAGUCGGAGCGGCUGCAGCAGCAGCAGAAGCACGAGAACCAGACGCGGGACGUGGCGGCCCAGUGUGAGAGCAACAUGGCCGAGCUGCAGCAGCUGCAGAACGAGAAGUGUCACCUCCUGGUUGAGCACGAGACCCAGAAGCUGAAGGCCCUGGAUGAGAGCCAUAACCAGAGCUUGAAGGAAUGGCGGGACCAGCUGCGGCCACGCAAGAAGGCCCUGGAGGAGGAUCUGAACCAGAAGAAACGAGAGCAGGAGCUCUUCUUCAAGAUGAACGAGGACCCCGAGUGUGCGAACCCCACCACCCCCAACAAGGCGGCCAAGUUCUUCCCCUACAGCUCCGCAGACGCGUCCUAACAGUGAGCCGUGGCUGUGGCGGGCCGCCCCACCCCCCGGAACCCCCUUUCUCUGUGAACAAGUAACUCAGGACCCCUCCCUCCCCAUCUGCUUCCAUGCCCGGUGCCACCCCAGCUGUGCCUGGCACCCUUGCCCGCCCGCUGUCCCACUUGUGGGGGUGAAGCAUUGAGCCGCCUGACCCUGACGUGGGCUCCGAGCCUCAGCCUGUACCCUCCCGGUGGCGUGGGCUGUUGGUGGGAUCUGGCGCCAGGAGGAAUGGGUGCCCUGGGCCUCGAGGUCCUUCCUGUGUGCCAAAGCCUCGGCCGUGUGUCUCAGGCACAAACUGCCACUGCCGACAUCACCGUGGGCUCCCCGCCUCUCUGCCGUGCCAGCCUGGGUGUAUGCCAGCCUGGGCUGUGCGGGUGCCACUCCCCUCGAGGCAAGGCCGUGUCUGCAAGGAGGAACCAAGGGAGCCAGCAGGGCCCUUUCCCCACACAUGCAGAGUUGGUCCCCUGGCAGCACCUGCCCUGCCCUACCCUGAAGGCCUGUGCCACCCAGCAUUCUUGGUGGAGCUGGUAGGAUGAGGUUGCCGGUGCAGAAGUGGCCCUCCGCAUGGCUGUGUUCAGGGGUCGACUCCUCACUCCGCCCCAGCUGCAGGGAUGCCCGGAGGAGGGCCUCUCUCUGCCCCUGCACCGAGGCGGCCUCUACAGACUGCAGCUGGCACUCCCCGGGACGUCUGUCUGGGGACACGUGGCUUCUCCCGGCUUCUGGGUCUCUUUUGGGUCCUGAGCCCUCCCGCACACCAGCUGGCCUCCCGCAGCAAACAGUACAGCUGACUCCAGCUUUUCCACCUCCAUCUCUCAUUUGAAACGAGGCAGGAAGGAACAGCUUCUUCAGAAGAGAAGGUGAGCCUGAGGGCUCAGGGCAGGCUGAUGACGGCGGGCACCACACCCCAGGCCCUGAAGGUUGAGACUCUCCGCUUUGCGUCUGCGUUCUGCGUCUGCGCUCUGCGUCUGCGUUCAGCCGGAUGGGACAAUCUCCGGGCCUCCCACAGACACGUGUGGGAGGGAAGCGGCGGUCCCCAUGGUCCCCUGGUAGCAGGUGCUGGGACAGCGGACAGCCUGGACCAGCUGCAGAGGGACGUGGGCCAGGUGUGGACUGUGUCUCUGGAGCAGGUGGGGGUCUCGUACCCCACCCGUGUGGCCUCUCUGGAGCAGGUGGGGGUCUCGUACCCCGACCCUGUGUGACCUGUCUGGAGUAGAUGGGGGUCUCGUACUCUGACCCUGUGUGGCAUGCCCACCACAGGAGCGGUUGCUUCCCCGCCCAGCGCUCCGCGAGAGACCGGCUCUCAUUUUCGGUCCAUUUUUAGCAGAGUUAAUAGGAACUAACUUAUAUUUUCCCUUAUGAAGGAUAGAAAGUAUUUUUAUGCAGUUUCUGAACCUGGUGUAAAACUUGUGCGUUGUUCUGUGUGGAGCCGUCUACAAGGAUGUAAAUGCGCUUCUAAUAAAUGACAAGGUGACUUUG